ACGGUCCGUAUUGCAGCUGCUUUGGAGAGGAAGAGAAAGAAACCCCCGUCAUGUCAAAAACCCCCAAGCAGUUUUCCCUGGCCUUUGGUCAGGCAGUGAUCGGGCCCCCUGGCUCAGGGAAAACCACGUACUGUUUUGGCAUGCAGGAAUUCCUUUCUACAAUUGGGCGAAAGGUAGCUGUGGUGAAUCUGGAUCCGGCCAACGAAGGGAUUCCCUACCAGUGUGCUGUGGAUAUAUCUGAACUGAUCACCCUGACUGACGUGAUGGAGAACUUAAAACUGGGACCCAAUGGCGGCUUGAUCUAUUGCAUGGAGUAUCUAGAAGCAAAUUUUGAUUGGCUGCAAGAGAAACUUUCACAGUUUAGGGGGCAUUACUUCUUGUUUGACUGCCCAGGACAGGUGGAACUUUUCACCCAUCAUAGCUCAUUAAGAAACAUCUUUGACCAACUUGCCAAGUGGAACUUCAGGCUGGCUGCUGUUCACUUGGUGGAUUCUCAUUACUGCACAGACCCCGGCAAGUUCAUCUCCGUUCUCUGCACUUCCCUCUCCACCAUGCUGCAUGUGGCGCUGCCCCACGUUAACGUCCUCUCCAAAAUGGACCUGAUUGAACAAUAUGGAAAACUGGCCUUCAAUCUAGAUUAUUACACAGAAGUUCUGGAUCUGUCCUAUCUGUUGGACCACCUGUCUUCAGAUCCCUUCUUCAAGAACUACCAUCGGCUGAACCAAAAGCUCGUGGAAGUGGUUGAAGAUUACAGUUUGGUCUCUUUCGUUCCCCUCAAUGUGCAGGACAAGGAGAGCAUGCAGCAUGUGAUGCAGGCGGUGGACAAAGCCAAUGGCUACUCUUUCGGCAACUCAGAGCAAAGGAGCCUCCAAGCCCUGAUGUCUGCAGCAGUGGGAGCCGAUUUCCACUUCACAUCCACCCUGGCAGUCCAGGAGAAGUAUGUCCCAUCACAGGAGAGCGCUGUAAAGGAAGAAGACAUGGAUGUUUAGUUCUGUGCUUGUAACUGGUAGCAAGCUACUGAGGAAGAACCACUCGCCCCGGUGACAGUGUGCGUCCUAGCGAGGCUGUGAGUUGUUUCAGCCUUGUCUACUUAACUGACUACCACCAAGUCUGGAUACAGCACACCACUCUUUGAGGCUCCUUCCAGAUGAGAGCCAUGAGUCUUAGAUUUUUCUGGUGUGACUGGUAGCCUUUGGCAACUGAGAGCAGGCAAGCCCAGACUUUUAGGGUUUGUGGCUGACCAAAGAACAGGCAUGGCUUUGGGGAGGCCCACAGAUCAGUCAGAGGGAGCCGUAGACUCAAUCAAGUUUCCUGUAAAGAGAAAAGUGGUUGAUGUUGCUAAGAAAGAAGUUUCUGUCGGAGACGGCCGAGGUGAUCUCUCUGCUGCUGAGCAGCAUGGCAUUCUCAAAGAGUAAGCCACGUCUCCUUUUAUCUCUCUCUUGGUGCCGCCAUCUUUUGGCCAUACAAAUAAAAGCACUGCACAGCAUAGAGGACAGCAAACCCCAUCCCCUAUACAAAGUAUUCUCUGUGCCUUUUUAUUUAUACAAAAAAUACUACGUUGACUGCUAAAUAAAGGAAUGUCCACAUUCUCUGCUCC